UGUGGGCGGCGGGAGAAUUACUUCGUCGGGGCGGCGAGGAAGCCGAUCCCGUGUCAGCCAUCUGUAAGUUCAGCUGGCCGAAGGUGGCGUCCCCACCAUCUCGGCCUAAGCUAUUGUAGCUCCGGGCAGGGCAUGUUUGCUGACCAGUGCCCGGGCCAGCCACACUGAUGGCCCGAAAGCCGCGCGCGGUUGCGGCCGUGGUUGUCUUUGUCGGCUCGUCCCCGGGCAUCGCUGCCGGAACCCAGCAGGAUGGCGAGUGGACUGACGUGACUGUCGGUCCACCGCCAGCCUCCUGCUGGUCAAGCUGGACGAGCGACGAGUUGUGCAAUCCGCUCGACACGGCGGUGCAGGCUGCCGUGGAUUUCACGAGGAUCUCGCUCGAGGCUGGGGAGUACAGGAACAGAGGAUGGUCUGAGGCUGCUCCGCGUGCCGCUGGUCUCGCGAACGGCUGGGUCACCAGCAUCACGAACAAGAAGGGGCUGAUCAUCCAAGCCGCGACGCCCGACAGCAAGCCGCUCCUGAGAUUCGAUGGCGCCGGUGGCAUCUCGAUCAAGGACUCCCAGCAAAUCACCCUGCAGGGCCUGGAGAUCGAGGGACCAGCGGAGCGCAUCACUGGCGCGGAGGCGAGCGACGAGCGCGCACGCCUGACGAGCCGCUCGCUCAACGGCUCCACGACCGGGCAGUGCUCUCGCACGGAGUGCGCCUCGUGCUCGGAGUCCGAGUGUGGCGCGACCGCGGACUGCCAGUACGACUCCGCCAACGGGUUCUGCAGAGGCACGACGCUGGGAUACUUCAACGGCCGUGGCAUCGCCGUGUGGGCCGGCAGCUCGGGCUCCAGCAGCCUCUGCUUCAGGCAGCUGGCGGUGCACCAUUGCCCUGCGUCGGGAAUCCGAGCGAACCGUGCAAACGACGUGGUGAUUUCAGACAACCUCGUGUACGACAAUCUUUGGUGGACCACGAGUGGUGAGAGCGCGAUCGUGUUUGCAGAGAGCCAGGGAUAUGGUUUGAUGUCGAUUGCUCGGAACGUCGUCUACGGCAACAGGAACUUCAUGCCUUUUUACUCCCCCAGCUUGGCGGACCUGCCAGGCCAGACCGGCUCCAACAUCGGGCAUUACGCAUCUUGGAAUCAAGACUACAUCAUUGACGGCUCCGGUGUCUACAUUUCCAGAAAUCAGGAUUUCGAGGGAACUUUCAGUCUGGAGGAGAAUACAUGCUUCGACAAUGGGAUCAAUGGCGUGGUGGUACACAACACCGACAACGAUCUUGUGACAGUCAUCGUGGAGAGAAAUGUUGUUUUCUCCAAUGGGAUGACGACAAAAGACGUCGAGCAGAGACAAUCGGCGGGUGGAUUCGUCAUUAAUUCUGGCAUCAAUGUAAAGCUCUGGAGUAACACUGUCGCUACGUCUGUCGACGGUGACUACGCGUACCAGUGCUUCAAUAUUUGCAGCAUCAUCGCGGGUGGAAACAAUAAGGCAUGCGUGCCCACAGAGGUCAACGCUGUGUACAAUGAUACAUAACGCUCCGCGCGAACACUGUCAAGCAGGCACGUCACAUGUUCCCCCUCGUCAUCGUCCUCUUCUCCUGAUCUUCCUCCGAAGCGCCCCUGCCUUAAUUCAGUGAUCGCAUGCGCCACAUAUCGGCAAUCGGCGGGCGACAUACAUUUGGUCAGCACAGAUAGUGGCGAGGCUGGGUCGUUGGGCAGUCACGCCAGCGAGGAGAGUGCGAAGUCGACGGGGUCACAUGAGUUUCACCCACAACCAUACCGUUUUGUGUCCUCGUUUUGGAUGCGCAGCGCUUUGCGUCUCUCACCUCACCUCACC